AUGGUCCUUAAAGAUGCCGAGGAGGAGAGCACGGAGCAGCUGCCCCCGCUGUGGAGCGCCCUCAGUAACUACGAGAGCAUCGCCGCGCUGGGCAUCAGCAACAUCAAGAACUGGAAGGACCCCUGCCAGCGAGAACUCUACGACGUGCUGAACAAGCUGGCGCAGGAGCAGCAGGCGGCAGCGGGAGACAGACUCCACAAGUUCUACCUGCCCAACUGCCACAAGAAUGGGAUGUACCACAGCAAACAGUGUGAGACGUCCCUGACCGGAGAGAUCGGGUUCUGCUGGUGUGUGUACCCCUGGAACGGGCAGAGGAUCCCAGGGUCUGUGGAGGUCCAAGGGGACCCCAACUGCCAUCAGUAUUUUCAGAGAACGUGA